CGCGUGAGUCGGAGCUCUUCGCCGGAAGUUGCGCGCGAGAGUUUCCGGAGCGCUGAAAUAACGGCAGAACGGAUUUUCUGUGGGACAAACGCACCGGCGUCGCGGCUAAAGCGAUGCCUCACUCUCGGCGGUUCCCGUCGUCAGAGCGAAGCUGCAGCAGGAAUCAUCUCAGUCGCAGACGCCUGCGCAGACGCUCCUCUUCAUCCAGCAGCAGGAGACGCCACAGAGACAGACGCAGGAGAGACCGCUCCAGGAGCUGUGAGAGGAACGGCACGCUCACAGACAGCUUCUUCAGACAUGACUUCUGUGCGGAGCAGAGGAGCAGACGCCGCAGAACAAGAACACGCUCCUUAUCAUCUCAGAGUAACGGACGUCUGCGUGCGUGGGCCGUUAAGGAUGACGAGGAGGGUCAUCUGAUCUAUCGGACAGGAGACGUGCUGCAGGACAGAUAUGAGAUCGUGGGAACGCUUGGGGAGGGAACUUUUGGGAAAGUGGUGGAGUGUAUCGACCAUCACAGGGGAGGCUCUCACAUCGCUCUGAAGAUCAUCAAGAGCGUGGAAAAAUACAAAGAAGCAGCUCGCCUGGAGAUCAACGUACUGGAGAAAAUCAACCAGAGAGAUCCAGAAAACAAGAAUCUGUGUGUGCAGAUGCUGGACUGGUUCGACUAUCACGGUCACAUGUGCAUCAGUUUUGAGCUGUUAGCUCUCAGUACCUUUGACUUCAUGAAGGAGAACAGUUACCUGCCCUACUCCAUCAGUCAGGUGCGACACAUGGCCUACCAGAUCUGCCUCGCCGUCAAGUUUCUCCAUGACAACAGGCUGACACACACAGACCUCAAGCCAGAGAACAUCCUGUUUGUGAACUCUGAUUAUUCUGUCACGUAUAACGCAGAGAAGAAGCGAGACGAGCGCUGCGUGCUGAACUCUGCUGUGAGGGUAGUGGACUUCGGCAGCGCCACAUUUGACCACGAGCAUCACAGCACCAUCGUUUCCACCCGACACUACAGAGCGCCGGAGGUUAUUCUGGAGCUGGGCUGGAGUCAGCCGUGUGAUGUCUGGAGUAUCGGCUGUAUUCUGUUUGAGUUCUACCGCGGAUACACGCUCUUCCAGAUAAAUGCAGCCCUGACUCAUGAUAACAGGGAGCAUCUGGCCAUGAUGGAGCGAGUACAUGGACCUGUUCCUUCCAGAAUGAUCCGGAAAACGAGGAAGCAGAAGUACUUUUACAGAGGUCGUCUGGACUGGGACGAGAGCACGUCUGCGGGACGAUACGUCCGAGAGAACUGCAGACCUCUGAGAAGGUAUGUGUUGUGUGAGACAGAGGAGCAUCAUCUCUUCUUUGAUUUGUUGGAGGGCUUGCUGGAAUAUGAGCCGGAUCGGCGCUUGCCUCUCUCCGCUGCGCUGCUUCAUCCCUUCUUCAGUCCUGUCCGAGACGCUGAACACUUCAGUGGAGCCCGUGACAUCAGCCGGUGACCUCUGACCUCUCCUUUAGCCUGUGCUUCCACUCUGCUAGCACCUCAGAGCGGGAUAUCCUGUUCCUGAGCCGCUGGUUCUGAUCCGCGUGAGCAGGUUGGUCAUUCAGUCUUAUGAAUAUGUCAUGAAGAAGAGGCUGCUAACAAUUGGCUGAGGUCUCUGCUCACUGCUGAUUGGUGGAGCUGAACACAGAGAGAGACAUGACAGCCAAUAGAAUUAGACUGACACCUUCACAUGCUCCCUGAUUGGUCAGUCCUCGUUUGACGGACAGCUUCAGGGGGCUGGACGUCUUAAGGUUGUUUUGGGAUCAUCACAGGAUUUCAAAUAUUGCACAUGUCGCGGUUCUCAGCAGAUGAACACUUUUUCAGUAUUUAUUUUAUGACGAGUUGUUUUGUAUGAGAUGAAUAUCUUCGUUUCUGUAGUAAUAAAACGUGCUUCGUAUCAUUUGA